UUUGUUUAUCGUGUGUUCAUUGUCCCGCUCCCUAUAUUUUCUGUUAAUAAAAUGAGAUUUGUGACAAAAAUAUUGAAUGCAUUUUGAUUGCAGUGUUUAACACAGGAAAAAGUCGAAAAAGCCAAUUGCUUUAAAAUGUCGGUGUCAUCGAAAAUGCAAGAAUGGUAUACUUCAAUCGAAGCCCAGAAAUUCGAUGGAGUUGCGGAAUCAAUUACGCAAGUUCUACCCAAGGCAAAUCCAAAAUACAAUAAACAAAUGGAUAGUUUGCUUUCGCGUCUGACUCACGCUUUUAUGAAAUACCACGAAUCACACAAAAAUGAUUUAAAAGCAGGACUGCAGGUCUAUAAAUUAGCAUGUUGUCUCUGUGAUAGGUUCACAGAAUUUUCGAAUCCCCCAAGACUUCGUAGUGGCAUAUACCACAUUUCUCGAUGCCUCAGAGAAUUAUCCCUUUAUUCAGAAUCGAUGACCAUUUGCGAUUACGCAAAACCGGGAAAACUCAUAACCCCGGACCCUAGCGAUUUUGAAUUUUUCGGCAAACUUGCCUACGCCUGGCGUUCAAGCGCCGAUCAUUUGAUACAAUCCCUCGCCAAAAACUUCGACCAAAAGUCCUACAACAUUCUCUUAGAAAUAAUCAAAUAUGAUUUUGGACUACUUAAAUUUUCAGACGAGAAUUGUAGUCACUCUCAGCUGAUUUUCGUAAGGUUCCAAAAAUACACGAGAAGAAUCCAUGAAUUGAAUUGGAGUCAAAGCAAGAUCGAGAAUAUUGUUUACUCGAUUGUAAAACACAUAAAAUCAUUGCGAGAUAAUUCAAGCCUCGAAGUCGAUCCGCUUCUCGUUUAUGAUGAAAUUGUUGACAUUAUGCACUUUUUAAGUCUGAACUACAUAAAAAGAAACGAUAUUUGCGAAGUGUCUCAAGUAGUUUCGAAGUUUGCGAAUGAAUUCGAUGUCUUUCUAAAGCAAGAUCCCCAGAUUCAGAAAUCUUUCGAGCUUCUGGUCUAUUUUUACAAAAUGUUGGUAAAGCCAGUCACGAAAUUCGACAAGAGCAUGCUGGAGAAUGUCCGCAAUUAUCGGCGAAAAUUCCGCAGUAGAUUUGAAAGUUUUGGCCCCACGAAAGUGAUGCAGGGAAAUGCGAGUGAAAUAUACAAAGUUUUGACUCCGCUUUUAAACUACUGGCUCGAAUGUAUGAAAUCCUCUUCAACCGAAUCCCUCCACGAAAUCAUUUUCGAAAUAGCAAAGCUCCUUCAAUACGCAUCUGCAAUUCUUGCUACUCAGCCACUCAAUUGCAAAUGCGGACUAGACACUUGUAAAGUAAAAAAUAAUCUUUUCGACGAGAUAAAUAUUCUUCAGAAAUUGGGCAACUUUAUCGUCAUGCUUGACCAGAAGAGUCUGUCCACGAAUUUUCUGCACUUUGCUCGAGAUUUCAUCGUCGAGGGAAUCAUAAAAGUCGAAGAGUACAAAAGUAACAAGUGUGGAUAUUUCUUGUCUCUCUGGAACAAUUGGGGUCAGAUUCUCUACAACUUGGGCAGUAUCUGUUUCCAGGAAUAUCCAGACUUGAGUGCAGAAAUGUUUUCCAAUCUCUGCUCGUACAUUAUUCGCGACGAAGGAACCAAAAGUAGGAAUAAAUUCCUCCGCUCGUCAAAUCCCUUGUCUUUGGUGCUGCACAAACUCAGUAUAAUUUAUUUCCGAGUUAAAAAGUACAGAGAAGCGAUGAUUGUGACCGCUUUUGAUGGCUUGGUUAGUUAUGAAGAGGAGGAGUCGAAAGCCUUUAAAAUGUGGGCGGGCAUAAAACACAAAUGCGACUCUGAGGAGAUGAUUAAACAGACGAUGAUAUCGUGUUUAAAAACUGAUAAAGCUGCCAUCAAGGAAAUUGGAGUGGAACUUUAUUUGGGAGAUUAUGAUUUGGCUAAACUUUGCGCGAGGGAGAUUCGAGGAUUGCAGAAGGCGAAAGUGAAUUUAACUCCAGCGAUUAAAGCGGUUUUGAAGGAACUUGAUAAUUUGCAGAACACUACAGAGUUUAUCGAAGGCGUUCAGCAUUUGGGAUACCAUAUUGUCUAUUUUAGAGACGAUUGUAGUAUUUCCGACUAUGUCAAGAGAGCCGAGUCUUAUUUGUGCAAUUACGAGAAGAGCGUUCGUUCUGCCUGCUUGGAAGCCAAUUUCGACUUUUUCAAGUUUGUCGAUCGGUUGAAUGCAACUAGCAGGAAAAUCAAAAAGGAAAUGAAGAGCACGAAGAAUAUUCUUCAAAGCAACAAAAAUGAAACGCUGAAUCAUGAUCAGACGAUUGAGACUGAGGAGGUUGUUCCUGUUUAUAGGAUGAUCAAUAUGAAACAGGAUGCUGAUGUUGCUUCUCAAUUGAAACAGGUGCUGGUCAAGUGGGAAAAUUGUUUCAAGAAAGAUCCUAAGGAAAUUGUUCAUUGUUGGGAACCCCAAAUCACUCUUGAUAUGAUAAUAAUCGCAGGAGAAAUUGCUAGAUUGUUUUUGUUACAAUCUUGCGAAAAACGAAUUUGGCUUCUUGCCUACAAAUUGGCUUCUGCUCUCGAGAAUAAAGCAGCUUCUUUAUAUGUCACUGCUCGUAGCAUUUCUCUUCGAUUCGUGAAUAAUCGCUGGAUUGAAAAAAGUCUAGAAUAUGCGGAAAGUCUAAAAAUGUCUGAAGAGACCGAAGAUAAGAGUGCAGUUGGCAUGUUUAAAAUUGGUUUGGCAGAUUUCUAUUUUGAAAGUGGAAAGCAAAAAGAAGCAGUCGAUUUACUGAAAGAUGUGAAGAAUUUAGGUACAAUUGAUUUCUCAGCCGAUGUCCCAGUUUAUCUAGAUUAUUUGGACACGGUCAUCAGAAAUUACCAAUUUUUCACCAAAGAAAUGCAACAUGAAGAAUACUCUGAAUACAUUGUGCACAAUGUCUACUCGAUGAUUACAGUAAGCGAAAUUAUAGACUCUGGAGGAAAAAGAACCUACUACGGUAUCAAUACACUACUCGACGCCGUGAACCACAUGUCCCUCGUAAUGUUCAGUUUCAUCUCCUUCAGAGAAAUAUCAGCGCAUUUAUCUUUCCGACUCGAAUUGGCCCAAUCGUUGGGAGCCACUCUCCGAGUCGCCGAGUGUCUAAAAUCCCUCUGCUUAAUAGAGCUUUCUCGACUAAAACUGGACGACUGUGAAGUGAAACUCCAGGGCCUUGAGCAAAUCCUCGACGUCGAGGGAUUCGGACUCUCCAUGAAAAAUAAAGGCCCCGAAUUGUCAAUAUUCCGUUCAAAUACCAUCCUCUCAUCUCAACGUAUGGACGUGGACGACCCUCUUCGAGACGUGAUACAAAACGAGGCUUCUCCCGUUUUAAGAAAAAAGAUUUUCAUGCCUCCAGAGUUUAUGCUUCACGAAAAUUGCAGUUGCUACCGAUGCGAGAAUAUUCCCUAUCAAUAUCUCGUUUUUUCGAGCACCCAUAUCCGAGCGCAGAUCUACGCUUUGAAAGAUUACUCGUCAGUUGCUCUACAGCAUUUUCACGGAGCCUUUGAGGUGAGGAGAAAACUACUUGAGAAGGAGGAAGGGAGGAUUCGUAAGGAAAGUGGAAAUUCGGUGAAGCUCCAUCCUUGGCAAAAAUAUUACAGCAUGGUGGAUUAUGUCCUCUUUUUACUCGACUUCAGCAAGUUUAUUAUGGGAUACAAAAUUCCGAGGGUGCGAGAAGCGAUGGAAAUUGCACUUGAGGCUGUGAAUAUUUGUAGGGUGUAUAAAUUGGAGACUCAUCCUGUGUAUUACUCUGCGGUGGAACUUGUCUUUCAGUAUCGAUUUCAAAAUCUAAAGGAUGAAAUUCAUGGUUGUGCAGUUCCCGAUGUAGCCGAAAUUGACAUUUCCGAUAUACUCCCAGCGGAAACGAACUGCAAACAAAACGAUAAAUCAAAUGCGUGCUUCACACCUUCCCAUUCUGCAGAACUUCCGUUAAAAGCCGUUCGUCGUAAGAAAACGGCGCCUCUCUUGCCUUUAACAAAAGUCGCAAUGAGUCUCAGUGAUUGUGAAGACGAAGAGGCUCAACCGUCGAAAAUUCCGCAAAAGAAACCUCCGAGAAAAAGACUUUUAAAUCUCGAUUUAGACCCAUCCUUGGACAAAGCUGUGACUAAACCAGCUUUGAAAACAAAACAGCCAGCCUCAUCAAAAAUUGAAUCUACAUCAAGAAAACCCUCCGUCUCGAAAACUACAAAAGCACCAAAAAUUCUUGUCGACAAACCCUUGACGGAGAAGUUUGAGAAUAUGUCGAUAAAUCCAAGAUCUCCAGGAUCUAUAAAUGUAUCCCUAGAAAAAUUAGUCACCAAGGUGACGGAACUGAAAUUGGAAAACUUUCAGAAAACGCCCAUGUUUGCGUUUUCAGAGGAAGAUCUGGAAACGAUGAGGAUCGUUUUGAGUGAAAAGGAACAUCAGAACGUGAUUCAGUCGAUAGAGGAGCUCAAGUUAUUUAAUUUCGUUUUGGCAAAUAAUUUAAAUAGUACCAAAGUUUCGAGUUCGACACGUCCUUCUCGAUCUAGAGGCAAACUUGUUUUUCCAAGUUCCGAUGAGAAAUCCCUGCAGACUUUCGAGAGAAAUAUGUGUAAAGUUAUCGACAGUCUUCAGGAUGCAGUCAUCAGAAGAAAAUUGUCAAACAUCUCGAUUUCAUCCAGCAAAGAGAAAUCUUUGCCGAAAAAGAACAAUUCUGCCCCGUCAAAAUCGAAACUUGCUGUGAAAAAUUUGGAUACAAGUCGGCCCACUUCACCGGAUUUAUUUCCAUCGGACGAUGACAGUAUUAAGAUUAUUGAAAAGGAGAAUGCUAAGACGAAGGUCCGGAAAUCAAAGGCUCAAACUUUGUCGGUCGAUGCUGCUGAAAAUUCGGACACAGGUAAACGAGUCACUCGUUCUAGGUCGACGAGAAUGUCCAGCGAUAACGAAUCUGCUGAUUCGAAUUCAAAAACAGAAUCUAGGAUACCAAGGAAAAAAGUUUAGGCUAUUAUUAAUUAGGAAUUUAAAUCUGAGUCCCAGCGAACAGCUGUAACUCUGUAUUUAUUUGUUAAGAAAUUUAGAAAGCAAGCUUUCGGCAUUUUUAAAAGCUUAAAAUUUGUCUGAUAUUCGACGCUGUUUCGCUGGGAUUUUUUUUUAUUUUGUAAUAUAGAAAUAUUUGUACAUGAAAGGCAGUACCAAGUGUUUUUUAUUUGAGAAUUUGUAGGACUCUAAUUGAAAAGUAAGCGGAAAAAGGUGAUGAAUCCAUUUUUUGGAAAUUUAUAAAUACUUUACAAAUUUUAUUUUUUUAUUUUGAAUCAAAAGUGAAAAAUCGAUUUUAUUUUUUUUUAAUAUCUUCAAUACAGCAUUAAAUAUUGAGAAAUUAUUUUAAGUUUAUCACGUUUUGUGCGUUUGCUCUUCAAUUCAUCAAGUGCCUUUUUAUUUUAUUUUGUCAAGCGCUCAAUACAUAAUGAUUAAUGAAUAUUUGAGACUGAUUCCAAUAAAA